AUGGCUGCCUGUACCAGAUUUCGCCCUGAAAGCGGAUCCUUGGAGAAGGUGCUUCUGUGGUUCUGGAUGGGCGAAGGGUGCUUCCAGUUAAAGCCAAGGAAUUCAGUAGAUAAUGUGACAGGAAUUAGGCUUCACGUUCAAGUACUCUUCUUCUCUCUAAUACAAGGAAAGGGAAUAGAAAGCAAACAAAACAGUAAACAAAAAGGAUCAGAAUAG